AUGUUCUUCCGUUUCCCCCACCAGAUUUGGUCAGUGUCAGCAGGCAGAUUUAUGCCCAACUUUCUGUCAUGCUUAAGAAGAUCACGCCGGUUCACCAUUCCUUCAUUUUUUGGAGUGCGGACUUCUGCAUCCAAGCUCCCAACCCUCCUAUAUGGCUCUCAUGGAUCUCUUACUCCUCAAAUCACCACAUGUGUCAGGUAUUCAGACUUGUCCACACGGAAUUACGACAUGAUUUAUAAAUUCCAUUAUAUAAAGCUCUUCAGAGCUGUAUCGAGGCUAAAAUUACUCCAAACUGGGAUCACUGUGAUUAUCCUCCCACCUGUGUACACUCUGUACUUCAUGGGAGACGUACCACUCUUUCUUGUCAACUACUCGACGGGAAUGGCUCUGUUUGCUGGUGUCAUGUUAUACACAGCUAGCCACUUCUUCAGAAGGGUUGUGGGAAUGAUGUACCUGGAUUCGUCCGAUAGCACGCUUAAAGUGUCCCACCUGACUUUUUGGGGCAGGCGUCAUGACAUCUUCAUGCCUGUAUCAGAUGUUAUGACUGUUGGUGACACUGGGGACUCUCCAAAUGAGACCAUCCUAAAACUCAAGCGAUACAGCACUCCUCAGACUUUUUAUUUCUCCACACGUUUUGGGCAAGUGGUAGACAAAGAACGUUUUAAGAAGGUGUUUGGUAGUAUGAGUUGA